UCUUUAACAAAAAAAAAAAAAAAACUCAAAAUGUUGACCUCCUGGCAAAGUCUGCAGUUAGAUUUACCAGAGGAGGGGCAUGUGACUUGGUAAGACACAGCACAAGCUCAAAGGAAACAGCUGCUCAUUUCAUACAUUAGCACUUGGCAAGUGAGCAAGAAGCUGGGAUGUUUGUGGAAUACCUCCGCACCGAGCAUUGCCGACUUUUACAUUAAGGAGAAGUUCAUGUGAAAUAUGGUAUUCUAGAGAAGUAUGAAUCAUUGAUGAGCAAACAAUGGGAUCCAGUACAUUUCGAAAGGCAGCUUCACUGGAUGAACUUCUGUACGCUUGCAUGGAGAUGUUUGAUGAGAAAGGGGAUCUGACUGACAACAACCUGCUGCCGAGAACGGUGUUAUUAAUGCAUCGUUGGUAUCUGUCUUCUACUGAACUUGCUGGAAAACUUAUCUCUUUCUAUCGAAAUUCCAGUGGAGAGAACAGCAAUGACUUGCGCUUAAAAACAUGUCACUUUAUGAGAUACUGGAUUCUGGAAUUUCCUGCAGAGUUUAAUUUGGAUUUGGGAUUAAUACAGAUGACAGAGGAAUUUAGAGAACUGGCGAGCCAACUGGGUUAUGACGAACAUAUUAAUCUUAUAGACAUUUCCAGCAUACCGUCUUAUGACUGGAUGCGAAGAGUCACACAGAGGAAAAAAACAUCAAAGAAGGGAAAGGUUUGCCUUCUGUUCGACCAUCUGGAGCCAGUUGAGCUGGCAGAGCACCUAACAUUUCUUGAAUAUAAAGCAUUCAGAAGGAUAGCUUUUACAGAUUACCAAAGCUACGUAAUCCACGGAAGUUUAGUGGAUAACCCAACUUUGGAGAGAUCCAUCGCUCUGUUUAAUGGAAUCUCAAAGUGGGUUCAACUUAUGGUUCUCAGUAAACCAACCCCACAACAAAGAGCGGAAGUCAUUACAAAGUAUAUCAAUGUUGCUGAGAAAUUACUGGACCUCCAGAACUUCAAUACACUGAUGUCUGUGGUUGGUGGGCUAAGUCACAGCUCUAUAUCUCGCCUUAAGGACACUCAUGCACAUCUCAGUUCUGAUGUAACAAAGGUGUGGAAUGAAAUGACUGAGCUGGUCUCAUCUAAUGGAAACUACUGUAAUUAUCGCAAAGCCUUCGCCGAGUGUGAAGGAUUCAAAAUUCCCAUUCUUGGUGUUCAUUUAAAAGACUUAAUAGCGGUGCAUGUUAUUUUUCCCGACUGGAUAGAUGACAACAAAGUGAACACGGUAAAAAUGCAGCAGUUAUAUGUCACCCUCAAUGAACUGGUUUCACUGCAGAGUGCCUCUCAUCACCUAGAAACCAGUAUGGAUUUAAUUAACCUCUUAACGUUAUCACUUGAUUUAUACCAUACAGAAGAUGAUAUUUAUAAACUUUCAUUGGUGCUUGAGCCUCGGAAUCCAAAAUCGCCAACUUCCCCUACAACUCCCAAUAAACAUGACGUACCACUUGACUGGGCUUCUGGGGUGACGCCAAAGCCUGACCCUACAAUUAUUAACAAACAUAUAAGGAAGUUAGUUGAGUCUGUUUUUAGAAAUUAUGACCAUGAUCACGACGGCUAUAUUUCUCAAGAAGACUUUGAAAGUAUUGCUGCUAACUUCCCGUUUCUGGACUCCUUCUGUGUUUUAGACAAGGAUCAAGAUGGUCUAAUCAGCAAAGAAGAAAUGAUGGCUUAUUUUUUGAGGGCAAAAUCGCAGUUUCAUUGUAAAAUGGGACCAGGCUUUAUUCACAACUUCCAUGAGAUGACAUAUCGAAAGCCGACCUUCUGCGAGCAUUGUGCAGGAUUUCUAUGGGGUAUAAUCAAACAAGGAUACAAAUGCAAAGACUGUGGAGCCAAUUGCCAUAAACAAUGUAAGGAUCUCCUUGUGCUGGCAUGCAGGAAACUCUCCAGAGCAGCAUCUGUUGGCAGCAGCCAUGGUUCCCUUCCCAGCAGCCCAUCUAUAGCUCCAGCACAAGAUGAAGUUUUUGAGUUCCCCCCUUCUGGAAGAGAAAGUCAAGAUCUGGAUGCACGAGCAAUCACUUUGGUCACUGGGUCUUCUAGGAAAAUUUCAGUCCGAUUACAGAGGUCUACAACUAGCCAGGCUACACAAACAGAUCCAGUGUGGGCUGAUUCUGGCUGGAGCGACACAGGUUCUCAUACAUUUCCUAAGAUGAAAUGCAAAUUUUAUAGUAAGUCAACCAAGAACAAAGGUUUUGCCAAAUGGGAGAAUGAAAAGCCAAACAUGCACCCGAAUAUGGAUAUUAUGGAAGUACAGACUAUGGAGCACCUUCAAGACCACAAUGGGACAGAGACCAAGGAGGAAUUGAUCAGCACUGAGGACCGUUGAUUCUCUAGUUUUCUGUAAACCAAGAAGAAACGGACACUGGCUGAGGUUGGAAAUUCCUUGUAAGCAGCCAUGGACAGCAGAAAAUUGACCUGGACUACCUGGCAAUGAAAAGAAAGAAGUAGGACAGAGCACUGUUUGUGUCUUUGAGCUACAAGUGAACUUUACUCACUGAAAAACAGAGUGUAGCAAGAGAUGGAAAGAAGACACUUUGAAAGGACUUCUACAGCUGGACUUGGAGUUGGUCACUUCAUGUGACUUAACUAUAUCCCACCAAUAUUUGUACAUAGCUAAACAGCAGUAGGUUUGCAGAGACUGUGCAUAAAGGUGUGAUUGGUAUUUAUUUUUAGAAGAGCAAGUGAAGAGUACUAAAAUAUUAUUUAAUAAUUAUGAGACCCAAGGAUCUACUUGUGCCAUGAGUUUAUUACAAGUAGCUCCAUGUGAUUCCAGUUGGUGACAUUCAGACAUCACCUUAACCACGCAUUUCAGAAUCACAGACAUUCCUGUGCCAUCAAAUAGGUAACUAAAUAUAAGACUACUCAUACGAGAUAAAAAGACUCGUAGGAAAUCAUGAAUGUGGUCUUUGAGGAGUCAAAUUUUAUGUUGCAAAACUGUAGUAUGGUGGAACCUAAUGUGUUAGUAGAUCACAUACCAGCAGGAUGAUUUGGGAGAACUGACAAUAUGUAGAAUACACUGCUACUCUCUUGUUAAAGUGAAUCUGUCUGCUCAUAAACAGCCCCCAAAACGGAAGUAAGCAUUGCAUAGUGGAACAAUCUCUGAUUCAGAUUAUGUCUUUUCAUGUUUAUACUCACCCCUGUUCCCCCUCUGUGCUCCCACGAACUGGCAAUAACUUUAUCAAGAGGACUGCUGAGCAUGUACAUAAUGGAGAGGACUCCAGGAUGAGUCCUCUCAGAUCCGUUUACUUCUGGUUUGUGGGAGCACAGCAAGGAAACGGGGUCAGUAAAAAUAUACAAAUCUCAUCAUCUGAAUCGGCAAUCGCUACACUAUGCAAUGCUUACUGUAGUAAGCGGCUAUUUAAGAGCUGACAGAUUCCCUUUUAAGGGGUUUUCCGGUAUUUUAACAUUGAUGUUCUAUCCUCAAAAUAGGGCAUCAGUAUCUGAUCGGUAGGGGUCUAAAAUACUGCAGCUGUUUCAUAGAAGAUCUGUCUCCAGAACUACAGAGCUUAAUGUAUUAUGUAGUUGAUUGAGCUGGUAAAUGCAGUUCUUCUCCCACUGAAGUGAAUGGAGCAGCGCCGCAGGAACCAUCUCCAUCCACUACACAAAAGACGGAGCUGUGUAAUUCUGGCACCGACUUCUGGCACAGGAGUUGUGAUCUGAAGCAGCUGAUUGAUGGGGAGGUGGGGGUGCGGCAUGUCGAACCCAUGCCAAUCAGAUUUUGAUGGCUUAUGCUAAGGAAAGACUAUCAAUAUUAAAAUCUCAGAAUAAAACUUUAAAUUGGUUGUGCAAGAAUGGGGGUCCCACUUAGCUGGACCCGUAAAGGGAAGGUUACUUACCUGGUUCCUGGCUCCAGCUCCCCACUCCUUCUCCUCCCAGCCUGUGAUGCUCUGCUGGGCUCCCUUGCUGAAGACAUCCAUUUUGACAUUGCCUGCAGCCAAUUAUUGGCCACAGUGGUCUCCGUCAUUUGUGAUGGGGUAAGGGGAACUUGGCUUCAGUCGAUGUGAAACCGGAUAUUUUCAGCGAGGAAGCCCAGCGGAGAAUCACAGGCUGGAAGGAGAAGGAGUGGGGAGGUAGCUCCGGGAAGCAGGUUCCAUUAACGGUUUGGCUAAGUAGGGGGAGGUUUGCCACCCCAUCAUUCUUGCACAACCCCUUUAAAGUACUGUAGGGAUUUGGGGAGAAUCUUCGAUAGCUGGUCUAGAAAAGCCAAAUGGAUGUGAGCAGCCCGGAGUGCUAAAGCAUCAUGAUACAUAAUAAGUUAUUGAUGAAGAAAUCUAGAUCUAGAAAUACUUGACCUGUGAACUGUCUUUACAACUACCACAUCUACAGUAAUAUACUGUUUCCUAUUUGACAUAUUUCCCUAAACAAACCCCACAGUUCUGUCCAACUUAGGCCUCUUGCACACGACCGUAUGGCAUUUUCAGUGUUUUGCAGUCUGUUUUGAAUGGAUACGUUUUUCCGUUAUUUGUUUCAGUAG